AAUCAUACAAAGCAGAAGAAGAAGAUGGCGGAAGAUGUGUCUGCAAACCAUGCACAGCAAAAACUGGGAUUUAACUUGGAUGUCCCCUUCCCUUCUGCACGCGAGGCUUCCAUGGCUCUGAACACUCUGUCACCGGAUCGUGAGCCAAGAAAAGGAGGAAUUACUAAGGAACUUGUGGCAGUGGGCAACGUGUUAUCAGUGCGAUGGACCGCAGAUGAGGCUCGCAUUCUCCGCGUCUCAGUUGGAUCUUUCCUGGAUCACCUGACCUUGGUAUUGGAAACUAUGGAUGAGUUUGGACCCCCGGUACCUUUAUAAGAUUGGGUCUUAAGAGGAGAAAAUGCUGAACGAAUGGAGACUAUAGGGGCACGUGAAUGGCGGGGGGAAGGUGAUGCGCUGCUUGUCAGAUGUCGGGUUCCUACAAGACAGUAUGUCACACGUUGUGUCCAAUAAUCUUAAAUGGGUAAUGAUCUGUUUGACUGUAUCUGGUGAUCCAAAUGGAUCUGGGCGUAGAGACUUUGUGUUUAUUUUAUAUGAGGAUGUUUGAUCAUUUCAUGAGGCAAAAUAGGCUACUUAUAAAUAAUAAAUCCUGUUUAUUGUCAUAAUAAACAAACAAGAAUA